GGCUUCGAUGGCAUGUGGAUUUGCUCCACGUUGUGAUUGACUCCGAAAUGAGGAAGCGAUUGGAAUUGCAAGAAACGCCAAACUCUCCAACGCUUUCUUCAUAGAAAGCUCUAUACUUAUGGAGAUGAUAUCACAACUGAGUAAUUUUAACGCCUCGUAGUACAUGCCCAAUUAGUCUUCCUGCUAUGAACUGCCUUGCAUGUCCUGCCCCUUGUGAUUUCCAUCAUCACCUUGCCUGCUGGCGACUUGACCACGUCCUUCUCCUCCUGGUGGUUUGACCGAACACCGUCGAGAUUUCAGACCAUUUGAACCGCGCGGUCAUGUCAAACUUGUUUGUAUCAUUCCGUUACUGGAUUCAUGGAUUCUUUUUCUGCUGUUCGGUCGUCAUACUAGUGAUAUCGUCUACACUUGCAUCGCACUUCUUGCCGCAACAUCAGGGCCUUCUGAUACUCUCCAUUGUUGCGUCGGCACUCACCAUAUUCAUCCUAUUCUUGCUUAAUGGCGGUCCUCAGCCCCAGUUCGAAUUGUCUGCGAUCCUUCUUUUGAGUUGGCUGUGGCUUGGUCUUGGCGCAUACACUGGAGAUUACAUCGGAGAUACCCAAUGCUAUCUUCUGACGGGAACUAUAUCCGCAUCUGGGAAAGACUACUCAAACAAGGGAUUCUGUCAGCAGAUCAAAGUCAUUAACGCGUUUUCCUGGGCGCUGUUCGCCGUCAUGUCUGCUUACUGGGUACUUGUGUACUUCAUCGUUGGCUUCGUCGAGACUCGAAUUCCGUACAUAUGGGAAGGGAACAUCGACGACGUUUACUUUCCCGACGAAGAAAGAGCCGUGUAUCCGGCCGGUAUUCGAGGCCCAGGGCGUUUGGGUGGCGGUGCCUAUCCAGCGGGUAACGUCGUUCAGACAGGACCCAAUAGCCAAGGGGUGUAUCCGCUGCCUGGACACCAAGUAGUGGUUGCGACCGAUGGGAGUGGACAACAGCAAAUCACGCAAGUCCCUAUUGGAUUUUCAUGAUGAUUUAAAAACCCGUCCGAACCCAGCCCGUACAGCCAACGAUUCACCCCAUUGCGGUCAAGGAAAUUCCUCCCCGUUCGUGUCCUUUGUAUUUGUGUUGUUUUCAUUUGUUCACUUGUUUUGAUCCCUGUCAUACUUUGCGAGUCGUCUAUUGUCCGCGUUUGGCUGCAGGGUCUUCCUCAAGACACGAUCUGCAGUUCCCCUAUAUAUAUAUACACAACGACUUCUUGAUGUUCAUAG